CAGCUAAAAUCACGUGCUCUAAAAGUUGAAUCAGUGGACGUCAUGGCGCAGGUGUGUGAUUGGCGGUUUGAUUACCUGCACAGGUGCCGGUCAGCGGUGUUUGUGUGUGAUGGAUCCUGGGGCUGAAGCUGCUGUGUCAGCGGGCGUGCAAGCGCGUGAUGAGCUCUCCGAGAAAUGUCAGAAGUUAUUUCUAGAGUUUUUGGAAGAGUUUCAGGAUAAAAACGGUGACGUCUUGUAUCUGGUUGAUGCGCAAGAGUUGAUCAGACCGGAGAGAAACACGCUCACUGUCAGCUUCACUAACAUUGAGCAUUACAACCAGCAGUUGGCCACCACUAUCCAAGAGGAAUAUUACAGGGUUUACCCAUUUCUCAACCGAGCGGUUCGCCAAUUCGCCAAGGAUCAUGGAAACAUUCCACCAUCCAAAGAAUUUUAUGUGGCUUUUUCAGACUUUCCUUCCAGACAAAAGAUCCGUGAGCUCUCCGCCAUACGGAUUGGCACUCUGUUACGCAUCAGCGGGCAGGUGGUUCGAACUCACCCCGUACACCCGGAGCUGGUCAGCGGGACUUUUCUCUGCCUUGACUGCCAGUCUGUCAUCAAAGAUGUGGAACAGCAGUUUAAAUACACACAACCGACCAUCUGCAAGAACCCUGUGUGCGCCAACCGCCGCAGGUUCAUGCUGGACACCAACAAAUCCCGCUUUGUUGACUUCCAGAAAGUACGCAUCCAGGAGACGCAGGCGGAGCUGCCGAGAGGCUGUAUUCCUCGCAGCUUGGAGGUGAUUUUGAGGGCAGAGGCUGUGGAAUCGGCACAAGCAGGAGAUCGCUGUGACUUCACCGGCACAUUGAUUGUUGUACCUGAUGUGUCCUCCCUGGCCAUUGCUGGCACACGGGCAGAAACCAGCAGCAGGGUGACGGGGAAAGAGGGCUUUGAGGCUGAUGGGAUUCAGGGGCUUAAGGCUUUGGGAGUCCGGGAACUGUCUUACAGACUGGCCUUUCUUGCUAACUACGUCGCCCCAACUAACCCAAGGUUCGGAGGGAAAGCGCUUCGUCAAGAGGAUCAGACUGCAGAGAGUGUAAAGAAUCAAAUGACCGUCCAAGAAUGGGAGAAAGUGUUUGAAAUGAGCCAGGACAAGAACCUCUAUCACAACCUUUGCACCAGUUUGUUCCCCACUAUUCAUGGUAAUGAUGAAAUUAAACGUGGAAUUCUGCUUAUGUUGUUUGGUGGUGUGGCCAAGACGACCAUGGAGGGGACGUCUUUGCGUGGGGACGUCAACGUUUGCAUUGUUGGAGACCCGAGUACAUCGAAGAGCCAGUUUCUUAAACACGUGGAGGAUUUCGCACCCAGAGCGGUCUACACCAGCGGGAAAGCCAGCAGUGCCGCGGGUCUGACCGCCGCUGUGGUCAAAGACGAAGAGUCGCAUGAGUUCGUCAUCGAAGCAGGAGCCCUAAUGUUGGCCGAUAACGGGGUUUGUUGUAUAGAUGAGUUUGACAAGAUGGAUCUUAAGGACCAGGUGGCCAUACAUGAAGCUAUGGAACAGCAGACCAUCUCCAUCACUAAGGCUGGUGUAAAGGCCACUCUCAACGCCCGCACCUCCAUCCUGGCUGCUGCCAACCCCGUAGAUGGAAGAUACAACCGUGCCAAAUCUCUGAAACAAAAUGUCAACAUGUCGGCGCCCAUCAUGUCCAGAUUUGACCUUUUCUUUAUACUGGUGGAUGAAUGCAAUGAGGUGACCGACUACGCAAUCGCCCGCAGGAUUGUAGACCUUCACGCCAGAAACGUAGAGUCUGUAGAAAGGGUUUACAGCACUGAAGAAGUCCAGAGAUACAUACUGUUCGCACGCCAGUUCCAGCCCAAGAUAACUCCAGAGGCUCAGGAGUUCAUUGUGGAUCAGUAUAAACGUCUACGGCAGCGAGAUGGAGGUGGGAACACAAAAUCAGCCUGGCGAAUCACCGUGAGGCAGUUAGAGAGCAUGUUACGUCUGUCCGAAGCCAUGGCCAGACUCUACUGCUCAGACGAGGUUGUUCCCAAACAUGUGAAAGAGGCGUUCAGACUUCUCAAUAAAUCCAUCAUUCGAGUAGACUCCCCCGACAUCAAUUUUGACCAGGAGCAAGAUGAUGAUCCUGUGACCGAUCAGAAUGAGCUGUUUGCUAAAGAGCCAGCACAGAACGGAGGUCAUGAAGUCAACGAACACCCAGCGGAGCCCAUGGAGACGGAUGAAGCAGGAAAGAAAGCGAAAACUGCUGCUGAAGCCAAACCAGCCCUCAGAUUGUCAUUUUCUGAAUACAAGAGGAUCUCAAACCUGUUGGUGCUGCACAUGCAGAAGAUGGAACAAUUGGAUGAGGAACAAUCGCUUAAAAAGAGUGAACUGAUUAACUGGUACCUGAAGGAUAUGGAGAGUGAAAUGGAGUCGGAGUCUGAUCUCAUUGCUAGGAAGAAUCUUAUUGAGAGGGUGCUGCAUAGACUCAUUCAUUAUGACCAUAUCAUCAUCGAGCUGACUAAGACGGGACUGAAGAAGAUGGGUCAGGAUGGAGUUGAGCCUGUUGUGGAGGAAGAUCCAUUUUUAGUGGUGAAUCCCAAUUAUGUACUGGAAGACUAGUUGUGCUGGCUUUAUUGACCUUACUUGUUUUUUACCUACUUGUUUCAUGCUGUAAUAAUCUUAAAUCAUGGAUAUAUUAAAUACAUUUUGAAGUGAA